UGGCUUUGCUUUCACUACAUUCGUCCUCAAGAAUAUACAUAUCACUAAUUAGAAUGUACACCACUUCCUUCUCCCUACUGAUGUUGGUGCUGACACCAUGGUUGGCAAGUGGAAGACCAGCAGAGGAGUCAGUUCAAACAUCUUCUAGAGACUCACGUCAAUUGCUAUUACCCUAUUACGUACCUGUACAUCAACCCAGCUUCCAGGAUUAUGGUAAUCCAUUGGGAGCACUGACCCCAGAAGCUAAACUUCAACUGUUACAGAGGCUGUUAGCCACGUCAGCAGCAAUGUCUACUGCCAAUCGUCCUUCUGAGCAAUCUGGUUUCAAGACUAGUCCUAGCCAAAAGAACAGUAAUACCACGGCGGAUUCCAUAAUCCAAAAACAGGAGUCUGAAGCAGAAGUACUGGCAGCACUAGGCAUCCGUAACACAGGACUUACGCCUGAAGUACUAAAACAACAAGUCGAAGGACGUCCUGAUGUGCAAUCUAUUGUGAACAUGAUUGUACAAUCUGUUACCACCGCCCUAAUCGAAGCCAUUAUGAACCAGUUUUUUGGUUAGUAGACGUAGGACGUG